AAUCCCUCACCAUUUCUCUCUUUUGUGUGCAAAAGAAAAGAAAAAAAAAAUCCAUUUAAAGAAAUAUGAAUCAGCAAGAAAUUCUUCACUCUCCAUGGCCAUUAACUUAUGCACAAAUAGACUCAUCAAUCUUUGAUAAUCAUCAUCAAACCAUGGUACAUCUUGGUCACUAUGAUCCAUAUGGCAUCAUCAUGGAUGACCAUGUUGAUGAUUAUGGUUCAUAUGGCAUGAUCAUGGAUGAUGAUCAUGUUGAUGUUGACUAUGUUCCAUAUGGCAUCAUCAUGGAUGACCAUGUUGAUGAUUAUGAAUUCAAUACUCUACUAAGUACUUCAGAGAAUAGUAAUCUCUCAGAAAUUUCUAUGUUCACCAAUGAUCAUGUCCAAUUUCCAAUUGAUGAAUCAGAAAUCUUGGAACUUUCAUCACUCAUGGAAUUAGAAUCUUUUGAUUCAAUUUCAUGUCCUCAAAUUGUUGAUAUUCAUGAAUAUGAAUACCAAGAAGAAAGCGAAGGGAGCUUCCCUUCACAAAAUUUUCCCUGUAACCUCGAGGAACAAAGUUCAAAUCUCAUCAGAGACAGUUGCGAAAUGAACAUUGGUACUACUACUACUACUAUAACUAAUGAUAAUUUCGCGUCACAAAAUUUCCAAUAUGAUUCAUGGAGUCCAACACAGUCAAUGAAAUCAGAUUUUUCCUCAAUUCAACAAUCACUUAUUCUUCCCCAACAAAACAUGGAAAUUGAAAAUCAAGUGAGUCUUCCACACUUGAUGGAAGCACAUGGAGAAGCUUUAGAGAAAGGACAAAAAGCACUAGCAGAAGUUAAUUUGAAGUGUAUAAGCCAAAAAGUUACUCCAAUGGGUGAUUCUCUUGAAACACUUGCAUUUUAUUUGUCUCAAGAGGUUACAAAUCAUGGUGAAUAUCUCAAAGGCGAGGCUCAAAAGAACUUCGAUUCUUCUUUCAAAGCACUCUAUCAAGGGAAUUUAGUUGGAAAAGUUGCUCAUUUUGCAGCUAUUUCAGCAAUUCUUGAGACUGCUAUGUUAGAAGAUUGUGAUGAAAUCCACAUAAUUGAUUUUUGUAUUGGAAAUGGUGUUCAAUGGCCUUCUUUAUUGGAGUCUGCUUCAAGAAUAAACAAAAGAUUGAAAUUGACAUCAAUUAAAUCGAGUCACGAUGGAAAUUCUGAAUGUGUUUGGAAUUUUGAGGAUACUAAAAGGGAACUCUGUGAGUAUGCGAAAUCAUGUGGUUUGAACUUGAUGGUAGAUGAAAAGGAAUUGGAGGAAUUGGUUAGUGAGAUCAAAAUAAUGAACAAACGCGGUGCAAGGAAAGUGUUUUUAGCCUUUAAUUUGAUGACUGGUCUUCCUCAUAUGGGAAUGGUAAGAAACAGAAGAAAAAAUGCUUUGGAAUUUUUGAAAGUAGCUGAGGAUUUGAUCAAGAAUUGUGGAAGCAAGGGAAUGAUUACUUUUGGCGAUGGCGAUGUAUUUGAGAAACUGAAAAACAGUUUAAAUUUUAAGUCAUUUUUUGAAGGGAAUUUGGUGCAUUAUAAGUCUUUGUUGGAAUCAAUUGAAUCACAAUUUUCAGAAAGAUUCUCAAAAGCAAGAAUUGCAUGUGAAGUGCUUUUUGUUGCACCUUGUAUAUCUUCUUGUGAUUGGUUACAAACAUGGGAAGAGAUGAAAAAUGAUGGUGAUUUUCAAGCUGAGAUUAGCUUAGAAAGUGGAAGUUUGAGCAAAAAUGUUUUGAUGGAAGUUAAAGAAGUGUUGAGAGAGUGUGAAAGUUCUUAUCAAGCUAGAAUUGAAGGAGGAAAUGAGAAUGAACUUGUUGUGGAAUGGAAAGGAACUCAAUUAUUAAGAUUUUCCAUUUGGAAAAACUAAAACUAAAGGCUAGGAAAGUUAGGAGUGUACACAGUACUUUUUUAGAUUUUUUAAGUGUUCCAUAUUAUAAUUUGAUUUGUAUAAAGAUUCUUGCACAAUAUGUAUAAAGAAAAUAUGUACAUCUUAACAUAUUUUAAUCACAAUUUUAAGAUAAUCAUCUUCC